UCAGCCAGUCAUUCUCCCUCCGCACAGCUGAGGCUCAACAUCCCAAGAGCCUCCUCCUCCUCCUUUCUCUCUCUCUCUCUCUCACACACACACACACACACACACACACACACAGUUGCUCACACACCUCUCAGUUACUGCUGAGCCCAGUCAGCACGAGCACCAGCUCUGAGGAAAGGAGAAAGAUACACACAACAAAAAAAGAAAGGGAAGAAAGCAGACUUAAGAGGAUCAGGAUGAGGACGAGUAUGUGCAGUGUGCCGGCGGUUCCCUGCUGCCGUCCCACACAGACUGUGCGGUGCUUCACAUCCCCUCUGCUUCUCCUCCUCCUCCUCCUGCUCCUGAGCAGCUGCAGCAGCAGCAGCAUCGGGGCUGUCCCUUCCCCGUUCCAGCUGGCCCCGGACACCCCGGCCCCGGCUGAGCCCACCCCGACCCAGGCCACACCUCGCCCAGACCCCUGCGAAGGCAGACCCUGCCUCAACGGGGGCUUCUGCCUGGCUCUCCCUUCCGCUGGCAGGCCAGAGGACACCUGGGAGUACACCUGUACAUGCAGCCAGGGCUUCACGGGACGGAACUGUGAGUUUCUCACAGACCCGUGUGCCAGCAGCCCCUGUCUCCAUGGAAACUGCAGCCGGAGCGACAGUGGGGAGGAGGGGGAGCCGGCCUACACCUGUGAAUGCACUGAAGGCUACGAGGGGGAGAGGUGUGAUCAAAUCCUAUUGGACCUGCCGGCUGCUGACUGGGACCCUGCUACCCCCUCCGCUCCUGAACUGGCUACCCCCGUCGCCUCCACCACCGCAGCCGCCACUCAGCCGCAACAGCCAACCACUGUGCCCUCCACCACAACGCCAGCACCUCCCACCCUGCAGCCAUGGCAACCCAAACCUGGGCAGAGGCUGCUGGUGGUGCCGUGGGAGGCCGACAGGGUGACGGAGGGUUUGCACUGUGUGAGUCCUGAGUUGUGUGAGCUGACAUCAGGAACUCUGACUCUGUCUCUGGAGGUGCCUGAAGAGACGGCUGUAAAGGUGGUGGUGAAUGCCAGUGGAGCUCCAGUGCUUUGGCGUUUGAAUGAAGAGGGUUUCCUCCGUUCGUCCAUUUUGAACGGCACUACGAUGUGGUUCCUGCAGGCCCCUGAUGGACUGGUGGUGCCAGACCACUUGCUGCCCCUGGGACAGAACUACUUCCUCAGUGUGUUGCGUGUUGGCACCCUCACAGCCCCGGAGGUCACCCUGCGUCUGAACCUGACAGUGAAGGCCAGCAGCUGUGUGGAGCCCGGCAGCAGCUUCAGUGACCCUCAGUGCUCCGGGAAAGGCAAAUGUAUCACACAGCCGUCUGAGAGCACUUUCUUCUGUGAAUGUGAAGACGGCUACACUGGAAUCUUCUGCGAGGAAUUUGAUGCCUGCCACCACCGACCUUGCCACAACAAUGGCACCUGCGCUGACGUUAGACAGGGGGGUGAAGGACGCAACUUCACAUGCAGCUGCCCUCCAGGUUAUGAAGGGGAGCGCUGCCAGUUGCUGGUUGACCACUGUCUCUCUCAGCCGUGCAAAAAUGGAGCCACUUGUUUCAGCAGCCUGGCAGGGCCCAGAUGCUACUGUCCCGAAGGCUACCAGGGUGCUACAUGUGAGCAGAAGGUGGACCCGUGUGCCUCCAGCCCCUGUCACAAUAACGGGACAUGCUACGCCCAGGGCCCCGGCCCCCUGGGGUUCGGCUGUAGCUGCACAGCAGGCUUCACCGGCCCUACCUGUGCCCAGCUGGUGGACUUCUGCGCCCUGAACCCCUGCGCCCAUGGGGUCUGCCGCAGCGUAGGCAACAGCUACAGGUGUCUGUGUGUCCCAGGCUACCAUGGCUUGUACUGUGAGGAGGAGUACAAUGAGUGUCUGUCUGCCCCCUGCCAGAACUACGCCACCUGUAGGGAUCUUAUCAAUGCCUACGAGUGUGUCUGCACACCACAGUUUGAAGGCAGACACUGUGAAAUCUACAAGGAUCCAUGUCUGAAGAUGCAUUGCCAGAAUGGAGGCCGCUGUGAGAGCGCGGGACUCAAUGCUUCCUGUGCCUGCCCACCUGGAUACCUGGGGGAGAAGUGCGAUGUCGACAUCAAUGAGUGUGAGAGCAAUCCUUGUCACCAUGGAGGCACUUGCAUUGACCAAUCAAAUGGCUUCACCUGUCACUGUCAACCUGGGUGGGUGGGGCCCAGCUGUGAGAUCCACCUCCAGUGGAAGCCGGCACACACUGAGGACACUCUGACCAACAUGCCACGCCACUCCCUGUACAUCAUCAUCGGAGCGCUGUGCGUGGCCUUCGUGCUCAUGCUCAUCAUCCUCAUCGUGGGCAUCUGCCGCAUCAGCCGCAUCGAGUACCAGGGCUCGUCACGCCACGCCUACCAGGAGUUCUACAACUGCCGCAGCAUCGACAGCGAGUUCAGCAACGCCAUUGCCUCCAUCCGCCACGCCAGAUUUGGCAAGAAGUCCAGGCCUGCUAUGUACGAUGCCACUCCCAUCGCCUAUGAAGACUACAGUCCUGAUGACAAGCCUUUGGUUACCCUCAUCAAGACGAAGGAUUUGUAAAACACAACCAUCACAAGCUGCACACAUGCAACUACACAUGUAUACACACACACACACACGCAUAGAGAAAGUCAGUAUAAAUCUUUAAGUAUUUCUUAAGAAAGAAAAACCAGUAAAACAAAAUUGAAUGUAAAGUGGAGAAAAAAAAUCCAAAACAUACUCUGUAGUUUAAAAAGAAGAAAUCUGGAAUUUGAUACAUCUAUUUUCCUGUCAAAGUCCACGAUAAGGCUUUAUUGUAGCAUAAGAGCAUACUUUGCAUUACUUAAGUUAUUAAUGAUGGGCAACACUACCAGUAACCUCUGUCUGUAGGUGGGGCUCUGACAGUGCUGACAACUGUUCUUACAGGUGUUGUAGAAAUAGGUGCACUCCUCAUGGUGCGUACACUGUAUCUUUUUCUAUAUCUAAAAAAUUCUGCAGUAGGUUGCCUUACUUCGUGCAUGGUUAGAUUUGAUGUUCUCUCUGCAUUAUUUUAAAAUCUUUUGUACUUGGUUGUUGGUUGUUAUUUUUGUCAUUGCAUUGUAUUUCUCUCCGUCAAGAUUGUGCCAAAUAUUUUUCUUUUUGUAAGUUGUGGUUGGUAGAUCAAAUACAUGUAUGAAAUACUAGUCACAAAAUUUUUCUUUUUAAAAAGCAUAUGGUCCUGUUCUUUACAUGCAAGUGUACGAAUAGUAAAGAAAGUGGGUUUACUGGAGUACUGUGACCCUACCAUCCCACUGUAUGUAUUUCAGUGAUAUUUAGGAUAAUAGGUAGGUAUAUUUCUCAAUGCACAGAAACAUAGUUGGUUUUACUCAGUGCACCUGUUUAUCCCAGUGUACAAAUUCACCUCUAGUAUUGACAGUGUUGCAUAGUUUCUGGAUGAGAGUUUCUUUGCUGGAGUGGCCUCUUGCUGGCUUUAGGGUGUAGAAGAAAGAGAAGCAGGAGGUGGAGGAAGAGGAAGAGGGAUGAUAUCUACUCCAGAAUAUAUGUGCUUCUGUGUCCUGCCAAUGGAAACCUCUCUGUCUGUGCAGCUGUGUUGUUCCCCUCAAGGUCAAGCAAUGUUUUACCAAUAAGCUCAGCUAAUCCUCAGAUUUUUUUCUCUCUCAUUUUAAACACAGCAACCACAUGAUUACCUAUUAUCUAUGUUGAAUGAUGUAAACAAUAAAGAUUCAAGUGAACAUACUCUACAGUA